AUGGCCGCGCUGGAGCCGUGUCUGGGCCACCUUGUUGGCACCGGAAGUCAGCCACUUCCGGAUCUUACACCGCUCUCGACUACCCGGAUUGUUCUCCGGCCCCUCCGUGGGGCGGGCUCCGGGACGGACCAAGGGCUGACCCCGCUGGAGAGCGAGCUCCAACUUCUGAGAAGUCUGCAAGGUGACACAAUGGCUCCUGUGCUCCUGCCCUCCAGGGAUCACCAAGAAUCGGUGACAUUCAAGGAUGUGGCCGUGGAAUUCACCCCAGAGGAGUGGGAGCACCUGCACUCUUUUCAGAAAGCGCUGUACAGGGAUGUCAUGCUGGAGAACUACAGGCAUCUGGUCUGCCUAGGGCUGGCAGUUUCCAAACCACAUGUGAUUUACCAGUUGGAGCAAGGGAAAGUACCUUGGAUGCCAGAGGGUGAUAUGCCAAGAGCUCCCUACCCAGAUUGGGAUACUAGACCUGAAACCAUAGAGUCAGCUCCAAAGAUGGACAUCUCUAUGGAAGAAUCUUGGCAAGAAAAACAUGCAAGGAGUAGUCUCUUUCUUUCUACCUUUGAAGAAGCCUGGGAAUAUAAUGCCAACUUAGAAAAGGAGCAGGGAAGUAAGGAGAAACAGUCAAGGCAAAUUGAAAACUCCCCAAAGAAAGCUCCCCCAAAAGGGACAGGACAUGUAUAUAAUAAAUAUAAUAGAGGCUUCUAUCUAGGACCAAUCCUUUUCCCCCAACAUAGAGUAUCUGUUGAAAAGAACCUUCAUCAGUGCGAUGUUCACAAAAAGAAUUGUAGAUUCUAUUCACACUUGAAUACAUGUAAUAGCGUCUACUCAAAGAAGAUGUUUUCUAAGUUUAAUGAAUGUGAGAAAUUCUUUAGUUAUAAUUCAGACCUUAAUGACAGUGGAGUAAAUGGAGUGAAACCAUUUGGAGGUGAUGAAUGUAAGAAGGCUUUGCCCAAUAGCAUGAACCCUAUUCAACAUCAAAGAAUUUCUACUGCAAAGAAGCCUAAUGAAUGUAAUGUAUGUGGAAAGGUCUUUAGUCAAAAGACAGGACUUACUCGACAUCAGAGAAUUCACACUGGAGAGAAACCAUAUGAAUGUAAUGAAUGUGGAAAGGCAUUCAGCCGGAAGACAGGACUUACUGAACAUCAAAAAAUUCAUAAUGGAGAGAAACCUUAUAAAUGUAAUGAAUGUGGACAGGCCUUCCGGCAGAGAAUACGCCUUCUCGAACAUCAGAGAGUCCAUACAGGAGAGAAACCUUAUGAAUGUAAGUCAUGUGAAAUGGCCUUCCGGUGGAGCUCAGAACUUACUCGUCAUCAGAGAGUUCAUACUGGAGAAAAACCUUAUGAAUGUAACAUAUGUGGAAAGGCCUUCCGGUGGAUCACAGAACUUAAUGAACAUGAGAGAGUUCAUACUGGAGAGAAACCUUUUCUAUGUAAAGAAUGUGGGAAGACCUUUCACCAGAGAAGAAGUCUUAUUCAACACCAGAGAAUUCACACUGGAGAAAAACCUUAUAAUUGUAAUGAAUGCGGGAAGGCCUUUCGGUGGAGCACAGGCCUUACUGAACAUCAGAGGAUUCAUACUGGAGAAAAACCUUAUACGUGUAAGGAAUGUGGGAAAGCCUUCCGUCAGAGAGCAGCACUUGGUCAACAUCAGAGAGUUCACACUGGAGAGAAACCUUAUAAUUGUGAUGAAUGUGGGAAGGCCUUUUGGUGGAGCACAGCCCUUACUGAACAUCAGAGGAUUCAUACUGGAGAGAAACCUUAUACAUGUAAAGAAUGUGGGAAAGCCUUCCGUCAGAGAGCACUACUUGCUCAACAUCAGAGAAUUCAUACUGGAGAGAAACCUUAUACAUGUAAAGAAUGUGGGCAGGCUUUCCGAUGGAGAACAGGACUUACAGAACAUCAGAGAAUUCAUACUGGAGAGAAAUCUUAUUAAUUGUAAAGAGUGUAGAAAGGUUUUCCACCAAAGAACAUGUCUUGCUCAGCAUCAGAGAAUUCAUACUAGAGAAAAACCAUAUAAAUGUAAUGAAUGUGGGAAAGCCUUCCACCGAGGCACGCAUCUUACUCAACAUCAGAGAAUUCACACUGGAGAGAAACUUUAUAAAUGUAAAGAAUGUGGGAAGGCCUUCCACCGUAGAGCACCUCUUGCCAAACAUCAGAAAGUUCAUACUGGAGAGAAACUUUAUGAAUGUAACGAAUGUGGGGAAUCCUUUUGCCAAAAUGGAGAGCUUAGGAAACAUCAGAUAAUUAAUUCUGGAGAGAAAAUUCAGGAAUUAGGAAAGGGCUUCCUAGAUCAGCUGAUUACUUAAUCAACAUGAGUGAAUUCAUACUAGAGGAAACUGAAUGUAAUGAAUAUGGGAAGUUCUUUCUUGAAAACAAACAUGAUAGGAAUCAUUGAAGAGACACUUUGUGAAUGCAAUGAUUUUGCAUUUAAGUAGCAUGAGCAAGAUUUUAGCCAAAGCACAUAUUCAUUUAAUAUUAAAGAAUAUAAAAG